CUUGGCGACGAUCAGAUGGAGUCUCAUACAAUCACCGUGUUGUUAUUGGGAGAUGACAAGACUGGAAAAUCCACGUUCCUAUCUCGCGUAGCCCAGGGCAAAGACAGGCUGACUGGACGAGCCGAGAUCACGCUUUUGCGCGACUCGGACCAGCCCUUCUUCUUUGAGCUGCGGUCCAGAAAAGGGGUCUACCGCAUCGAGUUCCACGACACUUCAAGUCCCACCGAUUGGCGCCUUCUUCAGCCAGAUCUCAUUGUGAUAUGUUACGACAUAAGCCAACGCCUUAGCCUCAUAAAUAUGCAGAGAGUUUGGAUCAAGGAAGUGCGCCAGACCUUCCCAGCCGGCGACUCGAUCCCCAUCGCAGUCCUGGGUCUCAAGCGAGACCUGAGGUCAGAGGACGACCCGAACGGCAUCAUCUACCCGCAAGAAGGAUAUCGGGUGUCGCAGGAGAUGAGGGCGGAUCGAUAUAUGGAGUGCUCGGCGGUGACGGGCGAGCUACUGAGCGAGACUUUCGAAGACUUGUACCUCACCGCCGUCAAGACCACGACGGCCGAGGGAGGGCAGAGCGUAGGGGCGUGUGCGGUCAUGUAG